AUGGUGAUUAUGGCUCAACCAUUGAAAACAAUAAUUUCAUCCUAUCGUGACCAAGACAAGAAUUCUCGUCUUUCUCCUCGUCUUUCUCCUUUGUCUCCUUGUAGGCAUGGGAGCCGUCAGUGGCGCCAGAUUCGUACUGGUAGUUUGGCUGUUGCUAUAGCGGCACUUCUCAUGUUUACCACUGCUUGGCUUUCCCUUGUUUUCUCUGAUGCAACUACCUGUUGCUUUCAUCGCAUAAAGGACUGGGAAGAUAGACACCACUUUUUACCUUGGAACAAGUGCCCUCCUCUUCGCCAUUCAAAAGUAAUACCACCUCCUGCUCUCCAAUUUGGGACAACAAAAGAUCAACUUCACAAUAGUAGCAGUAUUAUUGAACAAGGAGGCUUGUCUGUUCAACAUAUUGUUUUUGGCAUAGCAGGAUCAUCUCAACUUUGGAAACGAAGGAAGGAAUAUAUCAGACUAUGGUGGCGUCCCAAUGAGAUGCGUGGCCAUGUGUGGUUAGAGGAACAAGUGGUUGAAGAACAUGGAGAUGAGUUAUUACCCCCUACCAUGAUUUCUGGAGACAUCUCCUAUUUCCGCUACACUAACCCUAUAGGUCACCCUUCUGGCCUCCGGAUUUCUCGCAUUAUCAAAGAAAGCUUUCGCCUUGGUCUCUCAGAUGUGCAUUGGUUUGUCCUCUGUGAUGAUGAUACCAUAUUCAAUGUGAAUAACCUAGUUGACGUUCUCAGCAAGUAUAAUUCCUCGGAAAUGAUUUACAUAGGUAGUCCUUCAGAGAGUCAUUCGGCUAAUACCUAUUUUAGCCACUCAAUGGCCUACGGUGGUGCUGGGAUCGCAAUAAGUUAUCCGCUUGCAAAGGCCCUCUAUGAGAUUCUUGAUGAAUGCAUUGAGAGAUACCCUGGGCUUUAUGGUAGUGAUGAUAGACUGCAUGCCUGCAUCACUGAACUUGGCAUUCCACUGACCCGGGAGCAUGGUUUUCACCAGUGGGAUAUAAAAGGUGAUGCUCACGGUCUUCUGUCCUCUCACCCAAUAGCACCAUUUGUGUCAAUUCAUCAUGUUGAAGCCGUCGAUCCCUUUUAUCCUGGUUUGAGCUCUUUGGAUAGCCUUAAACUUUUUACAAAGGCCAUGAGAGCUGAACCCAAAAGCUUCUUGCAGCGAUCAAUAUGUUAUGACCAUUCCCGGCAUCUAACAUUUUCAGUGUCACUUGGUUAUGCUAUUGAAGUCCUGCCUAACAUUGUAUAUCCCCGUGAGCUGGAACGCUCUGAACGAACCUAUUCUGCUUGGAAUGGUAUUAGUCAAAGGAAUGAAUUUGAUUUUGAUGCUAGGGACCCACACAAAUCUGUGUGUAAAAAGCCCAUUAGAUUCUUCUUGAAAGAUACUGGAAGAGAUGUUAAUGCUUCUUGGGGUUCAUAUGUUCGGAGUAAAGAUAAAGAUGAUUUCAAAAGGAAACUUUUCUGUUUUCCUCAAUUUCCCCCUCUGUACAAUGUGCAAAAGAUCGAAGUAGUGGCACAGCCUUUGAGCAAGAAUUGGCAUCUGGUGCCACGUCGUCUCUGUUGCAAGCAAAGCAAAUCUGGCAAGGACAUACUCCAAAUCUCAGUUGGACAAUGUGGGAACUGGGAAGGGGCCUUUUAG